GCACCAGAUCAAUGGAAGCCGCCGAGGACAGAGACCAGGCGGCGGCGGCCCAAUGCGUACCAGCUCCAGACGCCGUCGCCGAUGCUGAGCAGGAGGACGAUCUGGGUCGGGAUAUUGACCCCCUGGGGCUGUGGGACGGCGGUGCCACGCUGAGCAGCCGGAAGCGCCAGCUAAGCCGCUUUCAUCCGUACCAUGGCUCCAACAUACAGCUGGGCGACGAUGCCACCGUCGCCUAUCGCCGGGCCAGCUUCGCCGAUGCGUUGACCUUCUCGGAGCGCCCGCUGGCGCCGGGCGACAUCUUCCUGGUGGAGAUCGAGAAGAUCGAGCGCGGCUGGUCGGGGCACAUGCGCCUGGGCCUCACCGAACUCACCCCGAAUGUGAUCCGCACGAGCAGCGAGGGCCUGCCGCACUUUGCGCUGCCCGACUUGGCCAAUCUGGGCAACAGCUGGAUCUACCCGAUCUCCAAGUUCGAGAUGAACCAGCGCCAGGAGCCGAACGACAUAAUUGAGCCGGAGACGGUCGACCAGCCACACAGAAACCUUUUGGGCGAUGCGACGCACGUGCGAACGCCACGCGGCCUGCUACCAAAGAGACUGCUGCGCCCCUCGAUGGGCAAUGGCAACGACUCGGACAUCCUGCUCACGGACAGGGGCUCACGCAUCGGCAUCAUCUACGUGCCGACGGUGCAGAGUGCCUCCAAGGGGGAGCUGCACUUUAUCAUCAAUGGGGUCGAUCAUGGCCCCGUCUCUCGUGACAUUCCGCUCAACAGGUCGCCCCUGUUCGUCGUCAUUGAUGUGUACGGCACCACCAAACAGAUAAGAAUCAUCCAGCUGGAGGGCAUUUUGUCCCUGCAGAGCGCUUGCCGCAACGUCAUCCUGGAGCACUUUACGGCGAACACUAUCACCAAGCUGCCGCUACCGGAGAGCAUCAAGAGAUUCCUGCUGCGCCGCGAUUAGAAUCUGGACUAUGGGCGCGCUGUGUGCAAGUGUGAAUGAAAGAUGCGUGUUUGAGGGAGAGUGUGCAUGAGCCUGGGUCGUGAUAGCCUGUUUACCCACAUAUAUACAUAUACAUAUAUAUAUUUUAUACGCCUGCAGCGCCACUGAAGUGCCCGUUCAUUCCCCAUCCCGCCUAGGAGGCGCUUAUAUAUUGUAGUUUUUGUAGACAAUUAUUGUACUUUCAGUUCGAGUUACCUACACCAAUACAUGUACUCUCGACGAGCCUAUGUUGUAGAACAUAA